AAUAAUUCUUAAAUAAUUAGUAUAAUUAUUGGUAUUGGUCAUAUCUAUCUGUGAGCAGCAAUAUCUUAUUGAUCUGUUCAGUUUAUUGAUCAACUCUUCUUAAUCAACCCAACUUAAGGUUAAUUUAUCAGGCAUUUUAAAAUAAUUACAUAUGCUGUCAUAUAUAUCCUAUGUAUUAUUAAUAAAUAAUUAUUACCCUUAUAGACGACGCGGCUGAAACAUGCCAACGAGGCUGUUUGCUGCCACCAAAAUAUAUUAUUUUAUAUAUUUCUUUGUUGCCACCAAUCUAUUUGAUGUUUCUUUUGCUGCCAUAAUUUAAAUCAUAUAUGAGCGAUGGUUGAUAAGCAGUCCGGCCACCUCUUUCUUAUGAUGAACAGAAAAGCACACAAACACUUGAGGUGAACAAAAAACAGAAAUAUAUGUUUAUUUGUAGAACAGAAAAGUUGCGUAUUGGUUUCAAUAAAAUAACAGGCUGGUUACGUAAACAGAGAAUGGUACUUCAACUUGAGUUCCCUGUUUUCUCACCAGGACUAAAAACAGGCUUUUAAAACCUUUGAGUCCUCUCUAUCAGAAGCUCUUCACACAAGCACCCUAACCCUUAGAGGCUCACUACAAUUCUUAGCACUUCUCCCCGAAGGCUAAUUUAACUUUUCCCUCAAAGCGGUCUCUCAUUAACAAUUUAUUAUUUGUUUUAUUUAUUUACAACAUUUCUACCCUGCCCUUCUCACCCAAGGGGACUCAGGGCGGCUUACAACAACCGGCAAAAUUCAAUGCCACAGUAAAAAACAACAACAUAUUUAAAACCAUUAACAAUAAUCCACAAAUUACAUUAUUCAAGCUUAAAAGCAUAUAAUUAAUUACAUCCAGUUCCCAAAACCUUCCUUCGUAUUCAAAACUCCACUUCCCAACUCUUCAAACUCCAAAUCCUAUCUGACUAACUCUCUGGCUGAAUAGCUUUUACUGUCUCUCUGGCUCCGUCCACUCCUGUUGCUAAGCAACUCACUCCCAUUUCAUUCAACCAAUCAGACUGCACUUCCAUACUUGAAGCUGCCUGAUCACUCCUCCCUCCUGCUUUAUUCUGCCUUUCCAAGCAAGGCCUUGAACUGCCUUUACACACCAACCCUGCAAGGAUGAAGUGAACCAAAUUGUAACAACCAACGUGCGCUUGAAACAGCAAUGGAUGGAUGUAAAUUUGAAAUGGAACCCAGAAGAUUAUGGGGGUGUGAAACAAAUUCGCAUCCCAUCAGAAGAUAUCUGGCGUCCAGACUUAGUUUUAUAUAACAAUGCAGAUGGUGAUUUUGCGAUUAAUAAGUUUACCAAAAUCCUUCUGAACUAUACAGGCCACAUUACAUGGACACCACCAGCCAUCUUUAAAAGCUACUGUGAAAUCAUAGUCACACAUUUUCCAUUUGAUGAGCAAAAUUGCAGCAUGAAGUUGGGCACAUGGACCUACGAUGGUACCAUGGUUGUCAUUAACCCGGAAAGUGAUCGCCCAGACCUGAGUAACUACAUGGGGAGUGGAGAGUGGAUUAUGAAAGAUUACCGAGGCUGGAAGCAUGAGGUUACCUAUGCCUGCUGCCCUGACCUUCCAUACCUGGAUAUCACUUACCAUUUUGUGAUGCUGCGUUUGCCUCUCUACUUCAUUGUCAAUGUCAUUAUUCCUUGCCUCCUCUUCUCAUUCUUAACAGGAUUAGUGUUUUAUCUGCCUACAGAUUCAGGUGAGAAGAUGACCCUGAGCAUCUCUGUCCUGCUUUCUUUGACUGUGUUUCUCCUGGUCAUUGUGGAGCUGAUCCCCUCCACCUCCAGUGCAGUGCCAUUGAUCGGCAAAUACAUGUUGUUUACCAUGGUGUUUGUCAUCGCCUCCAUCAUCAUCACUGUGAUUGUGAUCAACACGCACCACCGCAAUCCAAGUACCCACACUAUGCCUCAGUGGGUGAGGAAGAUUUUUAUCGACACAAUUCCAAACCUCAUGUUUUUCUCAACAAUGAAGCGGCCCUCCAAAAACAAACAGGAGAAAAAGAUUUUUUCUGAAGACAUAGAUAUUUCUGAAAUCUCUGGGAAACAAGGUCCGGCUACUGUGAAUUUCCAGUCAUCGCUCAUUAAAAACCCAGAGGUUAAAAGCGCUAUUGAGGGCAUCAAAUAUAUCGCUGAAACAAUGAAGUCAGACCAAGAGUCCAACAAUGCUGCAGAAGAAUGGAAGUUUGUUGCUAUGGUGGUUGACCACCUUCUUCUUGGCAUCUUUAUGUCAGUUUGCAUCAUUGGAACUCUGGCUGUUUUUGCCGGUCGCCUCAUUGAAUUGCACCAGCAAGGCUGAAAAGAGGAAACCCUGAGAGAUGGCUUGGAUCCCAAAGCAAAUUAACUUCAGGAACUUAACAGAAGGAACAUUUCUCACUCCUCCUUCCUUUUGCAAAAGUCUUUCAAGAUAUUCAGAACUAAGAGGACAAGCCACAAACCUUUCUUUAAUGAAAGCCUUAAAUUAGCAUAUAGCGUGAGCUAGCUUUAACUGAUGUCCUUAUAUUUUAAUGUUAUCAUUCUGUAUCCUUUCCUUAGAACCACAACUUUAAUAUUUCAGAAGAAAGAGCUCUGAACACCACACUGAAAAUAUUGUUUGGUUAAUUGCUGCUGAUACAGGAGUGACACAUGGAAUGCUGAAGAACACAAAUUCAACAUCACCUCUGCAGCUUGCUGAAAAAAUGGAAUAUUGUUGUUAAUUGACUAAGGGCCCUUCCACACAACCAUAUAACCCAGAAUAUCAAGGCAGAAAUUCCCACAAAAUCUGCUUUGAACUGGGUUACUGAGUCCACACUGCCAUAUAUCCCAGAUCAAAGCAGAUAAUAUGGGAUUUUAUUAAGCUGUGUAGAAGUGAAUGUACCAAGGAGGAAGUGGGUUCUUUUUGUUUUUCACAUUGUAGGGCAUAACUUUAAAAAAAAAAAGUUAUCUCCUACAAUGGUUUAUUUCCCUGGCUCUUGCUCAUCUGUAGUCUUGGGAAAUCUAAUAUACAGCACCUUAAGUGAUAACAUUAUGUAACACAAUUUUUCUACCUGGGUUAUAAAUGUCAUUUCCUAAUUGGUUCUAUCAUAAAAACAUGGGAAAAGAUUUAUUAAACUGAAAAAACUUAGUUUUUGCGGGACAACCUACACUACAUGGUAGUUUUUCAAUGAAUCUCUCAUAGGGUCUCAAGCAAUUCAUAGUUUGUGGCAGCCAUAAAAAAGACGUUUCUGGAGUAUAACAACUACUUUCAAAGUAAGUUCCACACACUUAAACAGGAAGUAACACUUUCAAAUCAGGAACCAUUUUUUUCAAAUUUUGUUACAAAUUUUGUGAUGAGUUUUCAUUCAGUCCAUCCCCUAUUAUCCUUCAAAUUAGUGUGUAAGGGAAGCUUGACGGAACUCUAUCAGAAUAAUUUGGCUGUUGCACAAUAAAAUAAUAUUUCUUGUGCCCGCAGGGGAGGGGCAUGGCCAGGAAAAACUUCUAUGGUUGACUACCCCUGAGCACCAAUGUUCCCCUGAGACAAUUGCCCCAAUCUGCCUAAUGUUAAGACUGCCCUUGAAAAACUGCACCCUAUAUUUGUAAGGUGUUUGUUCAUAUACCUAUCCAAAUCCUGCUUACUCAGAAAUCCCUUCCUUUCAUGGUGUCAAGUAACAAAAUGUCUUGGUUUGUAACCAUGUAUGCCUUCUACAUAUGGCACUUCCAAUUAAACUUGACAGUCAGGUCAAGGAGAGAGGCAUCCACAUUAACACAGUACACAGAGGCCCCUUCCACACAGCUGAAUAAAAUCCCACAUUAUCUGCUUUGAACUGGGAUAUAUGGCAGUGUGGACUCAGAUAACCCAGUUUCAAAGCAGAUAUUGUAGGAUUUUCUGCCUUGAUAUUCUGGGUUAUAUGGCUGUGUAGAAGGGCACAGAGACGUCUGCCUCAGCUGCCAACUGGAGGCAGACUGAAUCUUCCUUCAUCACACUGCUGAUGGGGACAGUAUUUCCUACAAGUUGUGAGGGAAGGAGACUAAUGAAAGAGUUGUAGGACAAGUGAUGCGGCAUUCUCACCUCUAAUGGAUUGACAUGCCCAGGACAAAUAGCCAUGACUGACCUCACUUGUGUAUCAAUAUUCCCCUCAGAGAGCAAUCUCAUUGUGUCUAAGGAUAGGAUCUGCCUUGCAGAAUUUUUAAUGGUUUUAUUCAGGGGUCCCCAAACUAAGGCCCGGGGGCCGGAUGCGGCCCUCCAAGGUCAUUUACCUGGCCCCCGCCCUCAGUUUUAUAAUAUAAUAUUUUUAUAUCAGUUUUAAUAAUAUAACAUAUUGUAUAUACAUAUAAUAUUGAUAAUAAUCUUAUGUUAUACAAUAUAAUACUAAUAGUAAUACCAUAUAAUAAUAUUAAUUAUAUGUUAUAUAUUACAUAUUAUAUAAUAGUAUAGUGGUAUAGUUCAAUAUAGUAAUAUAUAAUGCUAAUAUUGUGUUAUGCUAAUAAUAUAAUAUAUUGUAUGUACAUACAGUUGCUCUGAGUCCCCUUCGGGGUGAGAAGGGUGGGAUAUAAAUGUAGUAAAUAAAUGCAGUAAAAAAAUAAUUAAUUUUAGACUUGGGCUUGGCCAAGGUCUGAAAUGACUUGAAGGCACACAACAACAACAACAACAACAACAACAACAACAAUCCUAAUUAACUUGACUAUCUCAUUGGCCAGUAGCAGGCCCACACUUUUCAUUGAAAUCCUAAUAGGUUUAUGUUGGUUAAAAUUGUUUUCAUUUUUAAAUAUUGUAUUCUUUCGUUGUUGUUGUUGUUGUUGCACUACAAAUAAGACAUGUGCAGUAUGCAUAGGAAUUUGUUUGUAUUUUUUUUCAAAUGAUAAUUCGGCCCCUCAACAGUCUGAAGGAUUGUGGACCGGCCCUCUGCUUAAAAAGUUUGGGGACCCCUGGUUUUAUUUCUGAAAAUCAUACAGAUGACAAUGCAGUACAAACCUUGACAUUCUAUAAAUCAAUAUAAAUGACUAUUUACAGUU